GUGAUUUUUGCCCCGGGGGCUUGGAAUGCCGGCAGUGCUUAUGAUGACUUUCGCCAACGGUUAAAGCAGAAAGGUGUUACAGCCGUUGCCAUUGAUCACUCUUCCAACGGCGCGGAGCCUCCCACCAAGGGGCUUGCCGAUGAUGUGGAAAACCUUCGUCGGGUUUUGACUACCCAUAUAGACCAAGGAAAGAAAAUUGUCCUGGUCGGCCAUUCCUAUGGCGGUAUGGUAAUAGCGGGUGCUGCUCAGGGUCUAGGCCUGACAGAUCGCGAAAUGGCCGGCAAGCGUGGAGGCGUGAAGACUCUGGUGUUCAUGGCCGCAUUUGUCUCACCCAAAGGCAAGAAUCUCAAAGAUAUGAUCGGCGGACAGCUCUGGCCGUGGAUGCUUGUUGAGGGAAACUAUGUACGCUUGGAUCCGGCGGUCGACGUGGUUCAAGAUGUGUCUGCAGAGUUCAAAGCCAGCCAUGCUAAGGACAUACACUCCCAUAUUUCUCUCCCGGCGUUUCUUGAGCCUGCUACCGAGGAGCCUUGGCAGACGAUUUCAAGUGCUUACAUCGCCUGCGAUGAUGAUGUCGCGCUUCCACCAGACAUGCAAAAUGAAAUGAUCAAACUGCUACCGAACCCUCGCGUGUUUCGUUUACCUAGUGGCCAUAACCCUUUCUGGAGCAUGCCGGAGGAGACAGCUAGCAUAUUCGCGGAGCUU